AUGUCUUUGAGAGUGUCAGUCAGAAGAUUCACCACCACAGCUAUCAGAUUGUUCGAGAAGGAGAAGGAAGCCCAAGCGCAGGCCGCCAACGCCUCGUUUGCUCAAUACCGGUUGAAGAUCGUCCAACAGGACCCGCUGUCGAUGCAAACCAGAAGAAUGUUCGUUUUGAGCAACCCAGGAACCGUUGAGGCUGACGAGGCGGACGCAAAGUUCAGAAAGCUGGCCAAGAAAAUUUCGUACAGAGAGAACUAA